UGCACUUGGUUAUAAAGAUGCUCUUAUUAGAUAUGCAACUGAGCAUUCAUGUGUAUGCCCCACCAAUGAUGAAUGGAAAAAGGCUUCUAUAAUUCUUAAAUUUUUAGAAGCCUUUCUUGAUGCCACUAAACUAUUUUCUGGUUGUAAGUAUCCCACAUCCAAUUUAUACCUAAAAGAAGUUUGGGGAAUUAGGGCUUUGUUGAUGGAUGAAAGUAUCGAUACUGAUGAAACAGUGAAGCAAUUAACAAAUGAGAUGCUAAAGAAGUUUAACAAAUAUUGGUCUCAGUGCAAUAAUUUGUUGGUAAUUGCUUCUAUUUUGGAUCCCAGAUCAAAGUUGAUAUUUGUAGAAUUUUGUUAUCAAAAGGCAUUUGAGUUGGAGGAGUGCAAGAAAAAGAUUGAUGAUAUUCGUGCUUGUCUUUUUCAAUUGUAUAAUGAGUAUGUAGAUGCAACAAGAAUGCAUCCCUCUAUGAGUUCAAGUGAGCGAACAUCUAAUUUUGGUGGACAAGGUGAUAUAAGUUCAGUUUCUUCCAAAAAAAAUUUGGUAUGGAUUUUGCUCAAUUUAGAAGUCAGAGUUCUUCAAAACGCCCUAAGAGAUCCGAGUUGGAUAGUUAUUUGGAUGAUGAUGUACUUCCUGAUUUGGAGAAUAAAGAGUUUGACAUCUUGGCUUGGUGGAAGAGCAAUGCAGCAGUCUAUCCUAUACUAUCAAGAAUAGCUCGAGAUGUUCUAGCUAUUCCAGUCUCCACUGUUUCAUCUGAGUCAGCAUUCAGCACUGGUGGUAGAGUUGUGGAUCAGUAUCGAAUCUCUUUGAGCCCUUCUACCGUAGAAGCCUUAGUGUGUACCCAAGAUUGGCUUCGUGAACAAUAUGAUGAAGUUGCAAAUUGCUCGAGUUCUGUAACGUUGAAUGUAGAUGACAACACCCUGGACUCCUGGAGUGGGCAAUUUGGGAGAACUGAAUGACGAUACCCUCAUCAGAUCUAGUUCAUACCUAAAGUAUCAAGUAUGAAGUAUGUUUGUUGAUGGAGUAUUUUCAUGUGGAUCAUGGUUAUUUGUUGCAAAAUUUUAUGAGAGUUGUAUGUUUUUGAAC